AUGGGUAUUCACGGCAUCUACAAAGAGAUCGGCCCCGGAGACCGCAUAGCCCUGUUGAAGCUUGCUGUGGACAAGUUCGAAGAGACCGGACGUCCACUGCGCAUCGCCAUUGACACAUCUAUCUGGCUGUUCCAGAUCCAAUCCGGCAAAGGCGGCACCAACCCUGCGCUUCGCACCUUCUACUACCGCCUAUUGCGCCUUCUCUCGCACUCAAUCCACCCGCUUUUCGUCUUCGAUGGCCCGAACAAGCCUCCGUUUAAGCGCAACAAGCGCACCGGCCCCAACGUCGCCUCGAUCCCCGAGUUUCUCGCCAAACAGCUACUGAAACAAUUCGGCUUUCCCUUUCAUAUCGCUCCCGGCGAGGCAGAAGCCGAGUGUGCUCUAUUACAACGGGAGGGGAUUGUGGAUGCCGUCUUGAGCGAGGAUGUCGACACCCUCAUGUUUGGAAGCCGCGUUACCCUGCGGAAUUGGUCGCCCGAGCAGAAAUCGAGCAAGGUGCCCACACAUGUCAAUUUGUAUGAUGCGGAAAAGACGAAGUCUGGCCCUGCGGGCCUCGAUCGGGAGGGCAUGAUCCUUGUGGCACUCAUGAGCGGAGGAGACUACCUGCCCGAAGGAAUUCCCAACUGCGGCCCGAAGCUCGCGUGCGAGGCCGCUCGAGCUGGUUUCGGUAGCCGGCUGUGUGCAAUUGGAAAGAAGGACACUGCUGCUUUGCAGACUUGGCGCGAAUCCCUUAUCCAUGAGUUACGCACCAACGAAAGCAAGUUCUUCAGAUGCAAGCACAAAGCCCUCGCCAUUCCGGACGAGUUUCCUCGUACGGAUAUACUUGCAUACUAUACAAAACCAGCCAUCUCUUCGCGGGAUGGCUUGGAAAGGCUGAAGAGGAGCCUUCGUUGGGAUCAGGAAUUGAACUUUCCGGAACUGCGAACCUUCACCGCGGAUGCCUUCGAAUGGGUGAAGGUCACCGGAGCGAAGAAAUUCAUCCGUAACCUUGCCCCAGCACUGCUUGUUCGGAAUCUAUGCCUACGUGGCCAAGCCGCCGCUGAAGACGCACUGUCUGAGGACCCUGAGAUCAUAGCAGCCGACGAAGCAGCACUAGUGACGAGCAUCCAUGGCAAGCGCCAACACCCUUCGACUGACCACACCACCGAACUCCGCAUCGCAUUUUCGCCCAUUGGCAUUGUAAAUAUUGAUUUGGAUGCUGAAGAGCCGGACGAUGAACCGGACCAAGACGAAGACGAGGACGAGGAGGGACUCGUGGACGAAGACGGCGAAGCGCCGAAGAAGCGCGGACCCUAUCUCUACGAUCCUACCAAAUUGGAAAAGAUUUGGAUUCCCGAAAGCUUUGUUAAAGUUGGUACACCACUGAAAGUACAGGAUUGGGAGGAGGCUCAGCGGAAGAAAGCUGCACCGAAACCGGCAAAAGUCACCAAGCCUCGUGCCUCCAAGCCAGCGGCUGCUGGUGGGAUGCAAAGAGGAGCUUUGGAUCGAUUUGCUAAAAUCACCAAAGCUGGUGCUGCCCGCCCACCUGCAAAGCGUCGAUCUCCUACAAUUGAAAGACUGGACAUGUCAGGCAGUUCUGAGAAGCCGGAUGACCAACCCAGCAGCUUUCCUGUGGCGCCAUUGGCUCAAACGCGGAAGUCAUCCAGAGCGCCAAGUUCACCGCCGCGGACAAGCAAAGAACCCGUCUACAUCGACAUUCUGUCGUCUUCACCUGCUGCGCCAUCUAAGGAAGCGGAACCCCAGCCUCAACCUGCGGAUGAGCAUUACGGGUCUUCAAAUGCGACAAAGCGGAAAAUCGCUCCGAAUCAACUGUCUAUCAACGAAUCCAGGAAGGAGGGCCUACUCAAGAAAGAGUUUCCAGAACUCAAAAACCUGCACGAGCUAGAAGAACGGGUAGUUCACAAGCCCAAGGCCUAA